UGUGCGGCGGGCGGGCGGGCCCCGCGGGGCGGCGCCGGUACUGGCGGACCGUGGGGCUGACCGAGGGUAUCGUCUCCGAGCUGGACACGGACCACCGCUUCGUGCACCGGAGCACCAUCCCCACCAUGCAUUUCCAGCCCAGCCUGCCCAGGUUGCCUGUUCCAAGAUUGGAGGAUUCUGUCAGGAGAUACCUGGCUGCUCAGAAGCCCCUACUGGAUGACAAACAGUACAGAAAUACAGAAAGAAUUGCCAAGGAGUUUCAAAAAGGAAUAGGCAAGCAGUUACACCAAGAUCUUGUUGACCUAGAUAAAAAGAAUAAGUAUACGAGUUAUAUAUCAGGUCCUUGGUUUGAUAUGUAUCUAUCUGCCAGAGAACCUGUUGUUUUAAACUUCAACCCUUUUAUUUGUUUAACUCCUGAUCCAAAAGAAGCAUACAACAAACAGCUACUGAGAGCUACAAAUUUGGUAGUAUCAUCCAUAAAAUUUCUCAACUCUCUAAGGAGUAACUGUUUACGGCCGGAUAUAUAUUAUGUCAACCCCAAAUGGAGCAAGAGUAGGCCCUUCAAACACUUCAUUCGCUUUCUUCCAUCUUCUGUGGCUUGGUAUGGAGCACUUCUGGUAAAUGCAUAUCCACUAGAUAUGUCACAGUACAAGUGUCUCUUCAACAGUUCCAGAAUUCCUAAAUUAAACAAAGAUGAACUGUUUACAAAUGAAUGUGCAAGACAUUUGUUGGUAAUGAGAAAUGGUCACUUUUAUAUUUUUGAUGUUUUGGAUCAUCUUGGUAACAUUCUGCAUCCAUCUGAAAUUAAGGCUCAUUUGCUUUAUAUUUUGCAAGAUGCAGAUCACUUGCCUGAAUCUUCCCUUUGUUAUUUAACCACCGAAGACAGAAAUACUUGGGCAAAAGUAAGACAACAGCUUAUCGAAGUGGGUAAUGAAGAAAACUUAAUGAAAAUUGAUAGUGCAGUCUUUUGCCUAUGUUUAGAUAAUAGUUCCCCAAAGGAUGAUGAUGAGCUUUCACAUUGCAUGCUUCAUGGAAAUGGUUUCAAUCGCUGGUUUGACAAAUCUUUUAGUUUGAUUGUCACUUCUGAUGGCACUGCAGGGAUAAACUUUGAACAUUCUUGGGGAGAUGGAGUUGCAGUCCUUCGUUUUGCUAAUGAAGUACAUAGAAACAGUACAAGGCAUCCAGCUGUUGUACCACAGUCUGCACUAAGUGCUGUAAAGUGUGAGAGACUGGAGUUUAAAUUGAAUGAUUCAGUAAAAUCUGCUAUAAAUACAGCACGUAUGAAAUUUGAUAAAACAAAGCAGAAAAUGUUUGUGAGACAGUUCAGAUUCCAGAAGUUUGGAAAAGAAUUUAUAGUGAAGCAAAAGCUGAGUCCAGAUGCUGUUUUUCAGCUUGCAUGUCAGAUAACUGCUUAUCGACAGUAUGGAAAAAUGGUUUCUUGUUAUGAAGCAUGUAGCACGGCUGCUUUUAAACAUGGCCGUACAGAAACAAUUCGACCUACAUCUGUACUGUCACAACAGUGUUCUCGUGCGUUUGUUGAAGAACGGAGCAAACGCGCUGUGGCAGAACUGAGAGACUUGAUUGACAAAUGUUCAAAGUACCACAGACGGCUACAGCUGGAAGCUGCAUUAGGCAAAGGAUUUGAUCGCCACUUAUUUGCACUGAAACAUCUUGCAGCAUCCAAAGAGAUUUUGAUUUCAAGAAUAGCUGUGGACAUUAUAGAUGACAUUAAGGAUGAACUUCCAAACAUAGUAAAAUGGAAACCAUUAAACCAGAAUGAUUCCACUGUGCAGGGCUCAAUGUCAGUUGUGGCAAGUGUACUGUCCUCAUCUCAUGCAGUAAGAGUUAUCAGUGUGCUAAGCAGAGUCUCUGCUGCUUCAAAAUCCGUAGCCAAAUUCUUGCAGCCACAACUGGUAAGAAAAUUCGCACAGCUGGACUUGCUGUCAGGGCACCUUCUGCAAAAUCCUCACACACCACUCUAUACAAUUCAGACUACAAGAUGCUCACUAUGUGAUGUGAUCUGCUAUCCAGCAAAGACUGUUAUCACCAGUUUAAUGUUUGCUUUCUAUGCAACUCUCAUUUAUAUGGCACUCUUUAUUAACACAGUACUAAGUAAAAUAAAAGAGAUUAUUCAAGGAAAGUCCUCCAGAGAAAACACAAAGGACAGUGUUGAUAAAAAAGAUUUAUCCCUGAAAUACGAAGAUGCAGCAAGAUGUACAGUACCCUCUCCAGUGAAACACGUCGUUUCUGAAUUUCCUGUUGAAAAUUCAAUAAGCAGCAGUAUUCACAUCCUACAUUCUGCACUGGACCAGGAAAAAUCCACUGUAGUUCUACAUGAAAAUUAAGUCGUAUGGCGAGCUAUUUGCUGGUAUGCUAAAUAUACCUUAAGACUCAAAGGAAAUAACAUACUCACACUUAACAUUUACUGUUAAUAAAAGUAUCAGUUGAUACAAGUGGAUUAGUAUCUUCACUAUUCCCAUCUAGUGAAAAAAAUGAACAUCUUUCUUUGGAAUCAUGUCAUUCAGCAUAGUUAUAUUAUGAGAGGCCUAUUAUGAAUGUUUUUGGUACUGUAGUCUACAGCAAGUUUUUCACUGGCACAGAAAGCUAGUAUGUUAAUAUCCCUGAUCUUGCGUGAAAGGCACGGCUUUUUAUUCUGGUGUUUAAUAUAUCAAAGUAAAUACUACUGGUCAGUGUCUAAUACUUAAGUCUACUAGUAGAUUAUGAGUAAACUGAUUAAUGUGUACUUUGUUACAUUUACUGUGACUGAACCAUUCUUCUCAUCCAGAUUGUCCUGCCUUCAUUGUACCACAAUAUUUAAAUUUUCCAAAAUGCUAUGUAAUUUAAAAAUUAUCAUAUUCAGUUAUGUCAGAAACAUGAACAGAAAAACCUGCUUGGCUUCAGAGCUGACAAAAUAUGCUCUUCUACAUUCUAUUCUGCAAAAUUCUAGAGUAGCAGCAAUACCAUUAUGUAUGCUAUAUUUUUUAAUAUUUCCAUACAACUUUAAAGGCCAGUUUUGAAUAAAGUGAGGUCCAAACUUCACAAGCAUGUGUGUGCCUACCUUCAUAAUGCAUAUGUAUCUUCUGUAUACACACAUAAGUGUAUAUGUAAGAUACCCAAAGCAGUGCUUGCAAGAGUAUCAAGAAAGUCUGGUGCUCAAAUGAGAAAAACUUAUGGUUGAGGAGCAGUAGGUUGAAACGGAACCCAAGUAAGACGGUACUUCCUUUUGUUUGUCUCCCUAACUUCUAUGAAAAAGUUGGAGCCCAGGCAUGGUCUCCUUUGAUCAAAGACUCACAACCACAAUUAGUCAAUUCAGUAAUUUAAAAGUGUUCCUUGAUUUCUCACUAGCACUAAGCUUUCACAUUGCAGCAAUCCUGAGUAAUGCUUUUAAUAAUCUCCAAUUUGUCAGAAGACUCCAUCCCAUCCUGAAUGACAGUUCUGCUCCUUAGGGACAAUGAAACUUUUUAAUAUGAAAGCAAAGCUUCUGUCAAGGACGCCAAGCUUUCUGUGUGGGCAGAUCUGAGACUAUAAUGAAUUCCCAUAGGAACAAAAGACCAUUAGAAACUUCUGCUCCAAGUACAAGGCACACUUCUUCAAAAUAAACACAGCAGUGUGUAUACUUGGCAAAAAAAAAAUGCCAACCUGAAAAAGUACUAUGUUGCAUGACAAAUUUUCCAUUUUGGGGACAGCAUAAGCAAAAACAACACACGCAAUAGCUGCUAGUCACGCUGGUUAAUGCACUACCAGAAGGAGUUCAGACACUAUAAGAGAGAUGAGUACUUGUACCAAGAAAAACGGGUAAUCACACAUGCAGAAAUAGGCAUGAAAAUGCACGUUAAAAUGUAGAAGUGCUUUGUGUGAUGAAGGAAGCUAGGUGAGCUGGCUUCUAGCCUGCAGUCCCACUGGAGAGCACUUUGUGGGGCUCAGUGGGGGCAGGCUUUACUGUAAAUAACGCUUGCAAACUGUUCCCUAAGUAGGUCCUUGUAACAAGUGCUGUUCCAGGGGAGGCCAUGGUGCCCCCUGGUGGCCACUCAGCCCUUGUCUAGUCUGUUUUUCUUUGAACACCCUCCUCUUCACUCACCCUCCCCACCUUGAUAUUAUCUUUUAGAAAAAAAAGGAGGCUACCCUGGGGCUUCCUAAGCCUGAUCUCUCUCAUGACCACAGGUGUCUGUGGUCAUUGCCUUAAGGGCCAAUUGCAUGGCUCCUCCUGCCCCUUAACCAUGCCCAUGCCUCGCAGGUGGGGACCAAGGUGGCUCCUCGCCGCACUGGACUGGGCCAGAGGGCUGCACACCCCUGGUUGAGAACUGCUGCUCUAUAUGCUCUUUUCACCCCAAGGGCAGAUCAUAAUCUAAGACAGCAGGGC